CCUCGGUCGGCCGGCCUCUUGUUCAAAUGAACCAACCAUGCAUAUUAAUUAGCUAGCGUAGGCCGGCAAAGCAACACAGACACUGCGUCUGCACCGACUAGUUGGUUAAUUAGGCAUCCAUCCAUGGCGACGAGGUGGCAUCUGCUGGGGCAGGCGUCGGGGUUUCUGCAGGACAAAUACAAGCAAGCUCGGCUGGCCCUGGGCGACGUCACGCCAGCUGAGCUGCUGGUGCAGGAGGCUACCAACAACGACGCCAGCGUGGGUCCCGACGCCCGGACCCUGGCCUGCAUAGCCGACGCCGCCUUCGACAUGGACGACUACUGGCGGAUCGCCGCCGUGUUGCGCCGUCGGAUGGCCCGCGCCGCCGACUGGAAGGAGUGGAGGCCCGUGUACAAGGCACUGGUGGUGCUGGAGUUCCUGCUCACCCACGGCCCCGAUGAGGUCCCCCGCGACUUCCUGCCGGACAUCGCCGCGUUGCGCGACCUGCGUGGCUUCACCCACAUCGACGACAGGGGCUUCGAUUGGGGUGCCUGCAUGCAGAGGCGCUGCGAUAGCGUCCUCGCGCUGCUCACCGACGCCGACCGCCUCCGCGACGCCCGCCGCCGGGCCAUCCGCGUCUCCCACGAGGUGCACCACGGCUGCCUCGCCGGUGCAUGCUUCUCCCCUUCCUCCUCGGGGUCCCCCUCCUCUGCCUCCUCCCGGACCUCCUCGCACACCAGCAGCUGGUCCGUCGCCUCCGAUAGCCCCACCAUGGUCUGCCUCUGUGCCGGCGCCGACUACCGCCAUGACAAGAAGUUCGACGCCUACACAGCCGACGACGACUGGAUGCAGCAGCUGGUUCACAGCAAGACCACAAGUAGAGAGGAGGUGGCCGAGUACGACGACGACGACGACGACGAGUGUCCGAAUGAUCCUCACACCCACAGCUGGGACGCCAAUAUCGGCGACUUGUCCCUGCUGCCGCGGCGCACAGGAACCGGCGGCGGCGCAUGGUCGGCCAGGUUCUGCACCAGGAUGCUUGGCAGCAGCCGGGCGUCAGGCUUCCGGAGCUUGUCGCAACCGGAGCGGAGGGCCGCCACUGCCAGCAAGAAGCUCCAGCGGCAGCUUUCCUUGGAUUAAAUUACUGAUCCAUUCCACUCUACUACUACUAUAGUAUUAUUAUCAUUCCAAGAAUUAAUCAAUUGCGAGUUUAGCCUAGCUAGCUAAAUUGCAGAGCUAGCCUGCUUUUAGUUUCUUGGUCUCUUGCUACACUUGAUUCAAAUGUUAAUGUUAAUCCUUCCCAUACAUGAUCGACCACCUGCCUUUGACAUCCAAAUAAAAUAGAAAUAGCUGCAAGCCCAGAUGCUUUGCGUGCGGCAUCGCAAAUGAAAUGCACUGCAUUAAUUGAUUCUACUACCUCCAUCUAA